AUGAAGUUAUAUUACAACCUUACGGCACAAUGCUUAUACCUAAUAUCACUUUGCUUAUUCAUAACAUCAACGAUAUCACAACAAUCACAAUUGAACUUCUUUAACUACACAGAAAAUACAACAAAUACUGAAUUUCCUCAAAAUGCGCCUAAAGUAGUAAACAUUCGAACUUAUGACGAUGGAACAACUCUUGUCCAUAUAAUACGAUAUGGUAUACAAACAGCCGAUUGCUCAAGAAUAAAUGGAAUUAAUUUAGAACCGAUAUUACGUAUAAGAGUUAUUCAAUUAAACGGAACCGUUAUCGAAAUUAAUGCCAAUUUAGAUAUAGAUUCGUUGAACUUUUGCCUUUUUAAAAAUGAAUUUUUAGUGAAUCCUAUUGAAAUAUUCCCUUUGCAACAACCAUUUAUUCUUGUAAAUUAUUAUAAAACUAACAAUACUUCUGACCUUAAAACCUAUGAGGAAUGGGGACAGGUUAUUGAUUGGAGCGGUAAGAGUUUAAGUGUCAUAUAUUAUGGCCCAUCUUAUGUGAAUCCUCAAGGUUCUUGGGUCUCAGAAAGUAAAAUUCGGUUAAACGUAAACGAGAAGCUCGGAUUUCUUAGAUAUGUUGUUGUAAACAAUGACACAUCAAAGUGGAUCGAAUGGCAGCAAUAUUUAGUUGAUGAUUUUGGAAACUUAUCAAGACUGUCAAGUGAUAACGUUUUGAUUAAUUUAGAAGAAACCUCUUUAGUGACCACUUCAUUGUCCACUAUUGAUAGUGGUUAUGCAAUAUUUCAAGCUUAUACUUCUCAAAUAGAAUAUAAUGCCACCAUUUCAUUUACGCGUGUCGAACUGAAUGUCAUCUUCAUAUCCUAUAAUCAAACAAUUUCAAAUGAGCACGCUUUUAUUCUCUAUCAAGGAUUUCAUCGAGUUAUUAAUAUUUCAAAUUUAGAAACUCAGUGUGUUACAGUGCCCUUUGGAAUUGGCCACGUUUGCACAGUUUUCGUGAACGGUAGCACCAUAUCGUACUAUGUAGAAAUUAAUUUUUUGUCAUCAGGAGCAGUGUUAUCAUCAACUUUAAUACCUCCCCCUAAACUAACUGGUUUGCCUCAACAAGAUUUUAAAAGGGUGCAAAUGCCAUUCGGCGGUUAUAUAUUUGAUACUACCUUUUAUAACUUUAAUAGUAAUACUAAUUAUCAUUAUAUUGGUGUUUAUAAUGAAGAUAAACUUUUUGAGCGACUUGGUCCUUUUAUUACCAAUGAAUUUGAUGUUUAUGCUAUAAUGAAUAAUAAUAAUACUUUUAUGCUUGCCUCAUCUUAUACAAAUAGUCAAAAUACUUCUUGGUCUUUGUUAACUAUUUCGUUGCCUCAAUUCCUGAAGGAUCAUGACAAUGGUUAUAAAAAUCUCUUAAUUGACAAAAUUACCCCACCUAUUAAUGCUAGUGUCAAUUCAUUAACGAACGCUUUAAGAAUCACCUUCUUUGAUCCUGUUGUUUUGUCAACUGGCAACCUCACUAUCUACAAAACCUCUGAUAACAGCAUUAGACAACGAGUUUCAGCAUCGAUGGAGGAAUUUUGUACAAUCGAUCCAGAUGGGAAAACCAUUAUUAUAAAAGUCAUUAGUAGCACGUUCAAUGAGUAUGGAGAAUUGUAUUCUGUGACAAUGGAUAACAAUUUUGUCAAAAGUAAAGAAUAUAAUGAACCUCUAAAAGGAUUUGUAGGAGGGAAUCUGAAAUAUAAUUCAAGUAAUAUUUUGGCUUUAUCUGACUUUUAUUUUAUUGAUAUUUUAAUUGAUAUUUUAUAUUAUUUAGUAUAUAGAGCGCCCCCCUCAGAAGAUAGAAAUGUCUAUUCGGCCCAUCUCACUACGGAAGCAACAAAAACUGUUUUAACCCUCUCUAGGAAUGACCAAACAAUAUACUUUAACUCUUUACUAGAUGAAAUUUCUAUAAAAUUGCCAGUCAGACGUGAACGUCUAAAUAUAUAUGGAUACCCUCGACCUAUUCAUGAUUCUAUUACAGAUUUAGAAAAUAUUGAAUUUUAUAUCUUAAUUGUAAAUUCACCAAAUCCAGCACAAAAUGAAAACACUGUUCUAGGAGUGGUGUCAAAUUUAGAUACUAUGAUUACAGAUAAGGCAGUUACUGAAUUCUCCAUUGGCUUGACAAAUGACUUAGACUCGACUUUUGGCCUUAAGCCAAGUGGGAUUAUGCUAAGUGCAUGGAAUGAAUACUUUGUACAAGUAAUCGUUGCAAUUAUUAUUUAUAUAAUAUUCUGUUUAUUGUCUCAUAUACUUAAUUAUAAGUUAAAAUCGAAAGAAUUUGAGGCAAUAAGUUCUGCAAUAUUAAGGCUUGGACUAAUCAUCCCAAAUUUCUUUUUUUCAACUGUUUUUGUUAUGACAUAUUCUAAUGUUGUGCCAGAACUUUAUUUUCCAAGUUUAUUGCUCCUAAAUAUUUCAGCACUCUCAAACUUCUAUAUAGCAACCUAUACGAUUUAUAAGGGAUUUAAAGAUCCUGUUAUUGGAAAAAGCUUUCAACAAUGGGUUAUAAAACAUCGUAGUUUAACGGCCAUGUUCAUUAUUUUAACAGCAACUGAUUAUGAAUAUUUGUUCAUUUUGAGGGAUGUACCUAGGUUUACUAAGGGACCAUACCGAUACGAGCAAAUCAAUAUAUUUAAUAUGCUUAAGCGUAUAUUCGGGAUUGCGAUUAUGUGGGGUGCAUUCUUUGAUGUUUUUUUCAGAAAUAUUCCACAAAUUAUUAUCCAAAAAUCUAAUUUAGAAAUUAAAGAAUCGUAUCAAGAAAUAGAUGAAAAAUCGGAUUUAAAAUUUAUCGAAGCUGACAGUAUAAACAAAAAAGCAUCACUAAGAUCUUUGUCAAUGCUUCAAAUUAAAUAUUGUAGUACAUUAAUUGAUGUACAAGAAAUAACAGAGAGCCUUAAAGGUACUAAUUAG